AUGACGUUCGCGGGGAGAUUACUACUCACUGUUGGCACACUCGUCUUCUUCCACGCUGCAUACUCGACAUAUGAGCACCUCUCAUUGAGGAAAUCACUCGGACUUGUAGGAGCAGAAGCUAAGGCAAUGCCAGUCGACAUCACACUUGAGACCCUGGUAUCAUUCAUUGUUAUUCUUCUCGGCGUGGCCUUGACAGCAGCGCCUCUGAAGAAUGUCACUUGGGCAAGCGAGAUGCGCACAAAAUCGGUAGACGAAGUCGACUCGCGCUCAAGUUUCGCAACGCUCACACAUCGUGGUCAGAUCUUAUUCGCUCCUAGCGACUAG